UAAGGUCACAAAAACAAAAAAUUUAAAAUAUAACAGUACAAAGCGCGUGAAAUAAUAAACAAAAACUUAUCAACGAGUACAAAGCGAAUGGAUGCAGCAAUAAGCUUAUUCAAGUCUUCUCAUUGUUCUCUGACUGAAUAGUAAUGAGAGUUAAAAGAUCGUUAGAUGAAUUAACCUUUACACAAGCAACGCAGUUGGUCAACGUGAACUUUACGCAAUCACAUUUUCCAGAAAAUGUUCAAAGCUUCUACAAAACUGCAUAAACGUGUUCAAUCUGACGUCGAACACUUGUCACUAACUGCUUGACAAUACUACUUCAGAUCGAGCGAUUGAAAUAAACUUAUUUGGCACAAGAUCACACGGUCUUAAUUUUUAAAGUGAAUCGUACGUAAGCAUUGUAAUUCAAUAUCGCUAAUCAUGCCUUUAAGCUUUCAAUUGUAAAGCUUAGCAACACAUAGGCUUAAUUCUAUUCUAACCAUAACCAAUGUGCCCGUAAUAUGUCAGACUUACCCCUAAAACCAAUAGAGCGGAAGUCAAUAACAACAAGGGAAAUAUCGCCAUCAACAGUUACAAACGCAGGAAUUGCAACCGUAAAAACAACAGAAACCACUGCUGCGAAAUCAAAAACCAAGCUGUCAAAGUUUGCUACUUUAAAAUCUCACAACAAAGCACAAGACUUAAACCCUUUGCAACAUAAAGAAACAGUAUACAAAGCAGCAUCACAGUCGUUGCAACAGUCAGCUAUUGAUAUAUUUGCGGCAGAUAUUAAGCAACCGACUUCACCACAGCAUCUCGAGCAUCUGACCAGAUCCAAAGCAGUUUUUGAACGGAAGCGUCGACGUAAAUGUAAAAACAAACGAUCCUGUUCCUUAGUUAAUGUAAAAGUAGCUGACGUAAAAGACGAGAACCUUGAAACGGAUGACCAGGAACCAAUGUUAAGAGCAGAUGUCGAACUUUUUCAAGGAAAAAUCGUUUUCAAUUUAGAUGGUAAUGCAUUCAUAAUCGCUACAGAAAGCUCAACGCAAGAUUCAAUUUUGAAUGCAAAAACAGUACAAAAAACGACUGAAUCUAAGCAAUUACUGGCGUCAAACGUGGUUGGGGAAACAAAUAUUGCAACCAUAAGCGUAACAACAACUACUGUUGCAAGUGCGCCAAAAACAACAUUGAGUACAUCAUCGUCUACGAUAGAGGAAGCACCAGGUGGUCGGAAUGGACAAAGACCCGAUGCGUUAAAAUGCAGCACAAGCCCUCGUAUACAUUCAUUUCGAAUUGUGAGUGCUCAGGAUGCUACAACUGCCAACGUUGCUAACACUACCACCACCGACAAAAGCAGUGUGGAGAAAACGGAGUUCAGAAAAUUGUAUAUCGAACAGCAACAGCGUAGCCGAUACAGCACCUUCGACGACAACGAUAGCGAUAGUAGUAAUGGCCACAAAAUAUCUUCCAAAAUACAAAAGCCGAUAUUGAUGUGCUUUAUAUGCAAACUAUCAUUUGGGAACACAAAAUCUUUUAGCUUACAUGCUAACACAGAACAUCAACUGACACUACAAGCAAAAGAACAGCAUUUAUUAAACCGCGAAUACUCGAGCGUAAUUAUACAGCCGCAAAAUAUGGAUGAACGGCCACAAAUAUCAUUCCUUGAGCCAAUUGAUGUGCUCAAUGGAAUCCAAAAUGACAAUUUAAAUUCUGAGACUGAUAUUCAUUUUAAUGAGGGUACAUCACAAGUAUUUUCUUGUAGGCUAGAUAGUACGGUUGAUACUUCCAAUUCUGAGAAAUCGACUGCAGGAUGUGUAAUACGUGAAAAAUCGGAGAAAACAGCGCCAAUAUCGUCAAACUCUAAUUCACUAUCGCCAUCUUCAUCGUCAACUUCCCCAGUGUCAUCAGUAGUUCCAAUAACACAGACAGCUUUGUCACCAUCAAAAACAGCACCAAAUACGUUGUCCAGCGCAAUUGACUGUAUUAACGAUAGCCAUCUAUUGCUAACAACCUCAUUUUCAAAAUGUAUGCUCCAAGAGCAGCAAUAUGAGAUGAACGUUCCUGUGCCAACGACAGCAGUAACAACACUGUUAUCAAGCCCUAAAUUUGACAGCAGUGCACAACAGCAGCAGCAAAAAAUUAAGGCAAAUGUACCCCUAGAAUCCGUCAACAGUACUGAUUCCAAAGUUCAAAGUGCAUCGAUAUCACCAUCACUGUUUCCAUCAACAGAAAAUAAGUUAGCAGCUUUCACACUCUUAUUACCAAAAAAAGAAUCAGAAAAUAUUACUAAACUGGACGAUACAUAUAGUUUGGACACUAGUACUGCAUCUGAAAGCGUUUUAUGCUCAAAUGCUGAUGUUCAAUUGAAGCCCAAAUUGAUAGCGUCCCCAAUCUCUACAACCAAAAACACCUCUGUGACCUGUGAUAUGGGCAAUAAUUACGAACGCGGUUUAUAUUCAGAUGGCACCCUUAGCCCACCUUUGUCAACAUUUCGGAAAAGGCAUGAUAAAAUGCUAGGAAUGUCCACAUUAUCAGUUAAUGCUCCAAUUACUCAAGGUGACUUUGUACAUUCUCAAGAGCCUUCAGGAACAAUUUCAAAGGAAGAUAAUAUGUUGAAUUCAACAGAUACACUGGCAGCCACAGUUACAUUUUUGCAGCAGCAGCAACGACAAAUUGCAACAAUGGCCAGUAGCUCCUUUGACAGUCCUCAACCGGGAUUAGUGACCAUUGCACCCACGCCUACUCAACUCAGCUGCUUACAAGCUUCUUUGGCAGCUUUAUCUGAUGACAUAAAUGUCAACUGUGGUACUACAGAUGCACACAAAACCAACGCUAAAUUGUUCACUGAUUUUUUGCAACAGCAUCUUAAUUUACAGCAGCAAAAAAACUUUUCCGACAUUAGUGGCAAUUAUUCCGAACAUGCCGACCAUAACGAUGGCGAAAAUUGUGAAAUUCAACAAUUAAAGACGCCUCCGUAUCACAUUUCAAACCACCAGUUUACCAACAACACGUCGCAAUUCUCGCCAAAUCGCAAUAAUGGCAGUCGUACCAAUAGCGCUAUUAUGAAAUCUCCUGCACACAUGGCCACAUCUCCUACAGCUAUCAAUGUCUCAACUGCGGCAGUAGCAGUGACAGCGACAACCCAGCAACAACAUGCAGUUGCUGCUGUGGCUGCUGCAGCAGCAGCAGCGGCCGCAGUCUCAGUGGCUAACAAUACCCCAAGUUUUACUAUCGGUGCAUGUUCGGACCACAUCAACGGAAGGCCAUUAGGCGUUGAAUGCGCUCGGUGCGAAAUAAUUUUAAAUUCAACGCGACUUAAUACUGGCGUUCAAAUGUCAACUCGCAAUUCUUGUAAAACAUUGAAAUGUCCUCAAUGCAAUUGGCACUACAAAUAUCAGGAGACACUCGAAAUACAUAUGCGUGAAAAACAUCCGGAUGGUGAGAGUGCUUGUGGCUACUGUUUGUCAGGUCAACAGCAUCCUCGUCUAGCACGCGGCGAGUCAUAUUCUUGUGGAUACAAACCGUAUCGGUGUGAAAUUUGUAAUUACUCGACAACGACAAAAGGCAAUCUUUCUAUUCAUAUGCAGUCAGAUAAGCAUUUGAAUAAUAUGCAGGAGUUGAAUAGUUCACAAAGUAUGUUAGCAGCCGCCGUCGCUGCUGCUAAUAGUGGAAAAGCGGAUGUUGCAUCCAAAAUGUUGAUGUCCAACAAUGCUGCAGCUGCUACUCAACAACAACAGCAACAGCAGGCACUGCCGCAGUCUCAGCAGCAACAACCACAUUCUACGCUUGUCGCCAGUUCUUCCAUGAUCAGUAGUGGAGGUCCUUCUUUGAACGCUGGUGGUCGCUCCAGUGUUGAUGGCAUUGGAACUAAUUGCAGCAUGCUCAAUAAAAAUAAGCCGUCCUUUCGUUGCGACAUUUGCAGUUAUGAAACAUCUGUGGCACGUAAUCUUCGUAUACAUAUGACCAGCGAAAAGCAUACGCAUAAUAUGGCCGCACUGCAAAAUAAUAUCAAGCACAUACAAGCCUACAGCUUUUUACAACAGCAUCAGCAAGUAAUGGCCGCACAUCAGCAACAACAAUUGGCAGCAGCAACACAGGUGCCACAAUCACAAUUACCAGCACUGGCCAGUGGUGCAGCCAAUAGUUUUUUGCCUGAAAUCGCUUUAGCUGAUUUAGCUUAUAAUCAAGCGAUCAUGAUACAAUUGCUGCAGCACAACUCUGUUAAUCAACAACAGCAGCAAUAUGACUCUGCUGCCAAAAUGCAAAUAAAAACUUCACCAUGUUCCUCACCGCGUUCCAUGCAAAUAGAGCAGCAGUCAACAGUUAUUCAGCAACAACAGCAACUCCAACAAUUACGUCAUCAUUUGCAGCAGUCUUAUUCACCUAACAAUAAUUCAUCAUUAUUACCUUCGGCGGAUCCGUUCAGCACUAGCGAUGCACAUUUUUCUUCCAACGUUAGUGCUAGCUGCAGCAACGAUGAAAUGUUGGAGCCACCCAUAAAUGCCGAUCCAUGUCCAAAAAGCGUCUAUAGUUGUUUAGUAUGCGGGGUGUACGGAACAAAUAGUUUAGACGAAUUAAACCAACAUUUGUUAAUUGAUCGCUCACGUAGCUGCAAGAAGCAGCAAUCAACACCAAUAAGUACAGUCAAAAGCAGUUGCACUGAGAAAGCUAAUGUAACUAAUAGCAAUGAAGUGAUGGUGAUUCUAAACAACAAUUACAUUUGCCGAUUGUGCAACUAUAAGACUAAUUUAAAGGCAAACUUUCAGCUGCACAGCAAAACGGACAAACAUCUACAAAAAUUGAACUAUAUAAAUCAUGUACAUGAAGGCGGUAUACAAAACGAAUACAAGCUAAAACAUUUACACCUAGCUUCCAACACAGUACAACUUAAAUGUAACUGUUGUGAUUUCUACACAAAUUCCAUCCAAAAGCUGUCAUUGCACACACAGCAUAUGCGUCAUGAUACAAUGCGAACAAUUUUCCAACAUUUACUACAUAUCAUGGAACAGCAAAAUUUUGAGCGAAACAAAACCGAACAAAUGCAACCAUACUCUAAAACUCAUUCACUUAAAGAUGCAGUUGAAAUUGUUCCAAGUAUUCGUGAGUCGCAUAGUGUUAUGCCUGUUCAUGAAAAUGAUGGAAGUCACACCAACCGUAGCAGCAGCAUUGUAGUGGAAGACACGCCCGAGUCGAUGCAAAAAUCUUUAACAUGCCAAUUGUGUGGUUUUAACACGUUCACGUUGCUUAAUAUGAUCCAACACGUAAAAAGUAUGCGUCAUAUGCAAAUAGAACAGUUUGUAAAUCUACAACGACGCAGCGAGCAACUUGAUCCUCCUAGUCUAGAUGACAUUUUCAAGGUGGUAGAACGCCCUACACUACAGUCUUUGGCACUAACAGUUGCUGAAAGACAAGAAGAAAAUAACAGAAUUGAGAAUGUCUCGCAAUUCGGCAAUUUUCCGGUGCCAAUGGCACGCUUACCAAACGAUGAUUUCGGCUGUAUUACGUCUAAUAGAGAUCACAACUCUUUUUCACCGUCAUCUAACUCCUCAACUGCUUCAGGAAACACCAGUGUACGCAGCAAAAGCUUUAAUAGUGUCAAUAUUUUUAACUUUCAAACUAUUAACGAUGAUAAAGAUGCUUCAUCAUCAGUCUUGUCGGGAGGUAGCCCCCCCGUCAUGCCCUCAGUUGUAUUUAAAUGCAACAAUUGUGACUUCUUUGCACAUUCUAAAACAGAAAUGGAACUGCACCUGAGUUCAGUACAUCCUCAAACUGAGCCAGAUUACAUUAGCAUACCAACGAACUCUGCUGCCAUAGAAGCAUUUCAAGCGGCUGUAGCGGCAGCGACAGCAGCAGCCUCUGCGGUGACUGCCACCCGUGCUCCUAGUAAUAAAUCAUAUUCAGAAAAUGAUAAUUUCCCCACUAUUGUUAAAAGAGAGCGUCUCUGUACCCCAGAAGAUGAGGAAAACGUAAAGUUCGCAGAUGUACAAAACACAAUGUCGCUACAUAAUGUGUCGACAGUUACACCGUGGCUCACAUCGCCAACGAAUACAAUAAGUAAUAACGAAACUUCAGUAGCUAUGGUUCAACCCAAAUCAAUUCAUAAUGUGUUACGUGAAUUGGAAAAGACCGCUGAACAGGAAGAACAGCUAAUUGAGGAUACAACUGGAGUCAACGCAUUGGUUGAAAGUACCAAAAAAUUUUCCGGAGAACCAGUCAAUGUUCAGUGCCCCCUCUGUACAGAUACAUUUGAUAACAAACAGACAUUGGAAAUGCAUUUGAUGAAUGUACAUAGUGUGAAUCGCGAUGGUUUAUCACGUCUCCUUCAACUAGUAGACAAUAGCGCUUGGGAUUUAAACGGUAAAACCUCAAUAACCCUUACUGUAGCUAAAGAGUGUAAAGGCUCAAAUAACGAAACCGAAACAACAACUGAACAAACUAUCACUGGUAAUUUUAAUAUUAAAGCAUCGACAGAAUUAGACUUAACGCUAAUGGAAGUUUCAAAUGACACGCCUUUAAAUCUCAAUGCUUCACAUACCUCUACUUACAUGCAUUCCAUGGAAUCGCUAAAUAAUAAUAAAUUAUCAUGUGAACAAUGUGGUUCGAAGUUCAAGCAUGAACUACAAUUGUUGCAACAUGCGCAAAAAAUGCAACAUUUCAAAAUCUUGCCAAAUGGUGAUCACCGUUGUUUGGCUGCUAGUCAUCUUAGUCGACCGUGCCAAUCAACAUUUCCCACUCAAGCUGCAAUGAUCAUCCAUUAUAAAAAUACUCACACUAGCUUGGUCAUAUCCGAGCGACAUGUGUAUAAAUACCGAUGUAAACAUUGUUCACUUGCAUUUAAAACACAAGAAAAACUAUCUACCCAUUUGCUAUAUCACACUAUGCGCGAAGCCACCAAAUGCAUACUCUGCCAACGAAAUUUUCGUACUACUCAAGCGCUACAAAAGCACAUCGAUCAAACACAUCAUAGUAGCGGCGAUCAACAUGUCGCCAGUAACAAUCCAUCGAUAGCAUUAAGUUGUAGCGGCCGUGGAUCGCCAGCAUUACAGAUGAGUCACGUCCAAAACACAACCCAAUUAAAUGCAGUUAUAUCAGAAAAUUCAACUAAAAACCAAGACAUCAAUGCUCGUGAAUCACCCCCAAUGACACCGAAAGCAAAUGAAUCUCCCAACGUCGCGCCUUCUCCAUUACCAGCUAACAUAUUGCAAGACCAGCAGCAACAACAACAUGUUGCUGCUUUCACCGCUGCGUUAUUAAAUCAACCAUUACAGCAACAACAGCAUAUCAGCGGUGAUGAACUAACAGAGAGCGGUGGUCAUCUGAUGCAGCAUUUACAAAUGAAACCGCGUAAUAGCCUCUUAACACAAAAAUAUCUUCACCAGCAGAAUCUUCAAAACCUUCAACAAUUGCCACAAUUGACUGCAGCAGCAUCUACAUCCGGCUUGCAAUUGAACCCUGUCGAGAUGUUUAAUUUAAUGCAGUUUCAUCACAUUAUGUCAAUGAACUUUAUGAAUCUUGCACCGCCACUUAUAUUUGGGGUCGGCACUAAUUCUGGAUCUGGUGGCAACGUUGAUUUGUUAACAUCCAGUCACAUACCUAAAGUUACUCACAACACAAGUGCCAACGCACUUCAAUGUGGGAACGAUAUGCCUGUACCAUGCACAUCAGUGUCGCCACGAACGGACCUAAUAGGUACAUUGCAGCAACAUCCUCAGUCCCAAUCGCAGCAACCUGCACCAACAAAUACCGUUCAGAUGGGAAGUAAUCAGAAACGUGCACGGACGCGUAUCACUGACGACCAGCUAAAAAUUCUGCGAGCCCAUUUUGAUAUUAAUAAUUCACCAAGCGAAGAAAGCAUAAUGGAAAUGUCACAAAAAGCAAAUUUGCCAAUGAAGGUCGUCAAGCAUUGGUUUCGGAAUACGUUGUUUAAAGAACGUCAAAGAAACAAAGACUCCCCCUACAACUUUAAUAAUCCACCAUCUACAACCCUAAAUUUAGAAGAAUACGAACGCACUGGACACGCAAAAGUUAUGCCGCUGAGCGAGGAUUUACCUACGUCAUCGCAUAACUCUAUGCACCAACAACAAAAGCAAAAUAUGCAUGUAUCUAAUUCCAAAAACAAUUUUAAAGAAAAACCAACCUCUAUGUCGGAAAUAAGUGGCGAUUCCUCGUUAUUAAUUGAAAUCAAAACUGAACCAUUCGAUGAUAAUAUUGAGCCACACAUUACAACUCCAGGGAGUCCACAUCGUCAACAGCAACCACAAGAGCAAAGCCAACGAGAACAGCAUAAGAAAGACGAGAAAGAUUUAUUGAGCACGUCAUCGACAUUGCUGCUCAGUAAACAACAACAGUAUUUAUCCGCAUUGCCAGCGACUGAACAUCAACAACAACUUCUUGAAGUGCCAGAGAACACAGCAGUGGAAACCGCUGCUGUUACGCCGUUGCAGCAGCAUAAUCACCAACAACAACAUUUGUCUAGCCAAUCAAAUCAAAAUAUUCACCAGCAACAAUCACAGCAUAUCAACCUAUAUAGUUAUGAAACCAAAUCAGAAAGCGGGAGUUCCGACAUCCUCUCCAGACCUCAGUCACCAAACAAUAGUUCCGCUGUUGUAGCCACACACUACGCCAGCAUUAAUGAGUUAAUAAACCAACAAUUGGAUAAUUUGCCGCUCGGCCAAAACAACAGCAAUAUAAAUGCUGCCAACAUUCACGGUAACAAGAUGGGUCCGCCGAAAAACUUUCAAACCAGCAAAUCAUUCGAUAAAAAUUCGCCGUCUUCUCAGUUUGACACCAAUUCGAAUUCAUCGAAUGCCUCAUCCACAUCUAGCGGAAAGCGUGCAAAUCGCACACGCUUUACGGACUAUCAAAUUAAGGUACUACAGGAAUUCUUUGAGAAUAACUCCUAUCCAAAGGAUAGCGAUUUGGAGUAUUUAAGUAAGCUAUUAUUGCUUUCUCCACGAGUUAUUGUUGUCUGGUUUCAGAAUGCUCGCCAAAAACAGCGGAAAAUUUAUGAAAAUCAACCAAAUAACUCACUUUACGAAACCGAAGAGAAAAAACAUAAUAUUAACUACGCCUGCAAAAAGUGUAAUAUGACAUUUCAGCGCUAUUACGAGUUGAUACGCCACCAGAAAAAUCAUUGCUUUAAAGAAGAAAAUAACAAAAAAUCGGCCAAGGCACAAAUAGCCGCAGCACAGAUCGCACAAAAUCUCAGCUCAGAAGACUCCAAUUCCUCGAUGGAUAUAAAUAAUAGCAGUGCGUAUCAAUUACAUCAUCAACAUAUUUCUAAUGCUGGAGCAACAGCGGUGUUGUCAAGUAAUGCCAACGUUUCCAGCACAUCACCCAGCAGCGCAGCUCCUGACCUUACAUCGCCACAGCACUUAUUUGGUAAAUCGUCAAUGUCAAUGACUGAUUUUAGUCCAUCCACUACACCCACUCCGCCACAAACACAACGUGAGCGUAGCGAUAGCAGUGAAUUGCUGCCGCAAGGCCCAGUGCACAAGUCAAAAUUCGAAUGUGACAAAUGCAAAUUACAAUUCAGUUACUACGAACAUUUUCGCGAGCAUCAGUUAUUACAUCUAAUGAAUCCUAGCUUAUUUAGCACACAAAUCACAAACAUACCAGAGGCUUAUGGUUCAUUUGGCAGCAUAUUGCAAAGUUUACAGCAGGUUGCAGCUGCCAGUGCCACGCAUCAACAGCACCACCAAUUCCUAGAACAACAAGACCAACCACCCGCAAAAAAACGUAAGUGUUCUGAAACAUCUUCAACAACAGAUGAAGUGCCAGCAAUUUGUGGCUCUGGUGAUGGUGAAAUCAGCAGCUCUGUCUCAUUUUCAAAAAGUAAAAGAUACGAUUUUUUAUAUCAGUAUUUUAUGCUAAACGAAAGCAACAAUGAAUUGAAGCAACAAUUUCAAGCACAACACAAAAAAUCACAUGAACCAGAAAUCGAAAUGGAAUAUUUAUCAAACUUUUACCAUCAAAGUGAGUUACGAAAACGUAGUAAUUAUGAUUUCUUGUAUCAAUAUUAUCAAAAAAAUGAACACAAGCAAAUGAGUGCUUUGCCGUCCCAAGCGGGAUUUUUCGGUAGUGAGAAGCCCAAUAUAGAUGUUCUACUACAGUACUAUCAACUGAAUGAAUCAAAAAAGUUUUUUCAGUUAAAUGCCUCGAACCAAGAAAUAAAUGACCACACGGCAGCGUCGCCAAUAUCGACAUCACAAUACCAACAUGUAAAUAAUCCGAUACCAAUAUCGUCUAGUGACCAUACACCCACACACAGAGUUGAUCGGUAUGAUAUAACCGAUAUGAGUUCGUUGAAAAACUCUUUGGAUGUCCUUAAUAGUACUAUUCAUUUUCCAGAUUACGAUAAUGACAACAACGACCACGAAACAAGUAGUAAUGGUUGUGGUAUGGAUGUUGACGACGCUGAAAUUUUUAAUGAUACCGAUGAUCAUAUUAAUGACAAUAACCAAAAAUCGAAUGAAAUUAAUGGUCACAAAAGCCAAAUAAACGUAGUGAAAAGCAGUAACGAUACUGAUAACAAGAGUUAUCAGCAAGUAGCUAAUAAUAUAGCGAAAAUGGAUCAAAUUAAUAAACUUGCUACUAACCUGCAAUCUCCAUCUUCUUAUGGCAAUGAUCAACAUAAGCUCACGAAUUUAAGUAAAUCUCUGGCCAGAUGUGUAACAAAUCAAAAAGAUAAUCUGACAAAGCGUAAAGCAUCAAAUGUGUCAUCAAAAACAAAAUCAACAACAACUACCAGCUUUAACAAUGACCAUAUUGAUAAUUUAAAUGAUUUUCUUCAUGUUAAUCAAAAAUCCGAAUUCAAAGAAAAAAGUAAACUGCAGCAGCAUUAUAACGAUUUACUGCAAGCGCAAAAUGAAACCAACGGCCUUGGAAAUAAUGAAUUAGCCCUACAAACAAUGGAUAAGCGACAGUUACCAGAGACUCCAAUAUCAUCACCGAAUUCCAUUACAAUUUCAAAUAAUAAACCUAUCGUUGGACCAUCGAACACUACAACAAACACAGUCACUGGUAUUACCGAAAAACAACAAAGUAAACGUUUACGCACUACAAUACUGCCAGAGCAAUUAAAUUUUCUAUAUGAAUGCUAUCAAAACGAAUCGAACCCAAGUAGAAAAAUGCUUGAGGAGAUCGCAAAAAAAGUUAAUCUUAAAAAACGGGUUGUACAAGUUUGGUUCCAAAACUCACGUGCCAAAGAUAAAAAAUCACGCAAUCAACGUUUUACUGCAAUAUCCGAUGACAGUAACUACGAGGACGCUUCGCAAAAUAACCGAGAUUACGGACUGUUUCAAAAAAAUGCAUUGAAAUCCACUAAAAGACACGGCAGUAAGGACGCGAACUUCUUACCUGACGCUAAUAUUAGUAAUAACACCAACACUGGAAUGGAAUUGGGCGGAUGUAAUUUAUCCCAACUGUCUCAAGUAAACAUUCCGCAACAUGCCUUAUCUAUUAAGCACAUAUGUAAAGUAAAAAAGUUAUUGGAGAAAACCGCUGUUGAUGUCAAACUUAAUAUCGAUUCGAAAAUAUUUUCAACUGCAGGGACUGAUGACAACGUAGAAUAUGGGAAUAAGCAAAGUGCAACUAACAAGCCAAAUACUAACGAUGAUUUAAAAGAAAGAAAAUAUGUCACGAGUGACGAAGCUAAUUUUAACAGCGCUCAGGAUAGUAAUUUCAGGGCGCAUAUGGAUACCGAUAUUGCCGGCAGCGAUAGACUUGGCACAUUUACGAGAAUAUAUAAGGAACUUAAACUACAAAAUGCAAAGAAACGGGCCAUCGAUUAUACAUCCAAUAACAAAAACAACGAAUUAAUGGAAUGUUAUGAACGUGACAAUAUUCAUGAUGAAAGCAAUGGACUAACAGCAAACGACCUGAGUUACAAUCGAUGCAAAGGGCUACAACCACAGAUUACUAAACGGACUUCAGAAGAAAAUUAUAAAAGACCAGAAAGCUAUAAUAUUGUUAAUUUGACUUACAGUGCAGAAGAUAUUGACAACACUGAUAAUAAAAGCAGUAACGGAAAUAAAAAAUGUGGCCAACAUGUCGAAGAAUACGAUUAUAAGCAUUACAAUAACCUGAACAACAAAGUAAUGAAAACGCAAUAUAAUAUUAACGAUAGCGAACGCAGCAGCAGCAAAAGUAAAUUUUUUUUUUCAAACACACCGCUGGUAACCAGUAUUACUGACGAUGAGCAUACGUAUAUAGGCGAAUACAAGGAUAGUAGUGAUGGGAAUACACAAGAUCUAAAUGAUAAUAAUGAGACCAAACAAAACCCAUCAACCAGAAAUAAAAAAAUAACAGCAAACAGUAGCAGCACAUCUUGUACAUUAACAACCAGUACAACGCAUACGCAAUUAACCAAUGCACAUGAAAAAAAUAUUAUUCAGCAAUUACUCAAUUGUAAUCAAAUAACUGAUAAUUCCCCAAGUGACGUUCUCAAAUAGAUGGACGGCUAAGAUGACUAACAAUAAAAAACAUGGUCAUAAAAUGAAAAUCGGUUAUAAGAGAAAUCUGCCAAGCGGAGUGAUAAAUACAAAACAUACUAAAAGGAUUUAUUGCAAAGAAUACUCGCAACAUGUUUUAUGAUAACAAAAAAACUUAUACUAAAAGACAGAUACACAUAGUUCCUAUUUUAAAAAAAAAAAAAUAAUAAUAAUAAUAAAAAAAUUAAAUAAAACAAAAUAACAUUAGUAACGUAAUUUAAAAUCUAACACCUCGAUUUAUAAAGAUGAAAAUAUUACAUUAUUCAAUAUAAAGCGGCUGAUAUACACGUGGAAAUAUACAUAGAAACACACAAAAUUUAUGUUAGUUGGAGUUACGCAUUAAUAAGCGAAAAUAAAAAUAUAAAUAAAUAAAAGUAAGAACAACAAACAUUGAUAUGGAAGCGCCAAAGAGUGACACUAUCAAAGUGUGCUUCAAUAGAAAAGAUGAAUGAGAAUAUAUUACAAUAUUUUGAGUGUUGUGUAAUUAACACGUAAUAUGUAUUAAUGGAAUCAAGAUUUAAUUAUCUAAAAGUUAAGGCUGGGGUCUCAAUCAGUCCUAACUAAAACGAAAAGAAACAAACAUACAUAUUUUACCCGUGUCUAAGAUGAUAGGUGUAUUACAAUAAAUUAAUCUAAAUAAGUAAAAGUAAAAAUUAAAGGAUAAAAUUUUAGUGAAAAUAAACGAAAACUAACAUAAAAUAAUUUUUCGAAAAAUAUGCAACAAAGUUCCUAGCAUUUUAGUGUGCUACAUACUAUUUUGCCUAUGUUUAUUCCUUUAUUAAAUUAAAGCUGAAGAUCUGGCUAAUUUAAAUGUCUUGUAAUGUUGAAAGGUAAUCAAUUACGCAAAAGCCAACAACGGAGAGUGGUCAGUUAAAUUAAGCAAUUUAUAUUUGUAACUUGUAACUAUUAAAGAAGAUAUUUAUUUGAAAAUAUAAUGAAACAGUGGUCGAAUAUAUUGCUUAAGUUAAUUAUAUUAUAGUAAACUACAUCCUGUAAAACUUAUCCCCAUGAACGCCCUUGCGAAGUAUAAUAAAGUACCAGCAUUACAAACCAUUA